AUGCAUGCUUUGACUCAGGCAUCUCUUUGGGCACUGCACACCCUUCCGCUCCUGCUGGUGGCCGGGGAAGAAAGGCGAAAGGACAAUGAACUACAUGCCAAGGGCCUGUGCAUCUGGCAACGGGAGAUCCCUGAGGGGGAGGACGGAGGUGGCGAUACGGAGACUUAUCAGGCAGAGAGCAAGGAGGAGAGGGAUGCUUGGAAGCCUAGGAACGUGGCGUCAUCGGGCGAGACGAAGCACAUUGGACCGCUGCCUCUUAGCAUUCAAUGCUUUUGUUUCAAGACCGAGUUGUCGUCGACCAACGUCGAGUACAGCGCUCCGCGUGUCAGCUGGGACCUUCCAGAGGGCGACACCCGACCGCUAGUCGGAAAAUGCCGCCGCCAACGCGAGGAUCCCUCAACCGUCGGAGACACGGACCCCAACCCCUAUCUCCUAGACUCCUCAUCCUACGGGCUCGGCGUCAUCUUCUGCUGGUACAUGGUUGUCUUCUCGAUCAUGGUCAAAUGGAGUGCCGACACCACCCUACGACCGAGAAGCAGAGUCCGCCUAUCUGGCUGA